AUGAGCGGCAGCACAGUUAUUGAGGAUCCGGGGAUCCCAUUGGUUAACAAGAUCAACGGGAAGUACAACCGUUACAUGGAAACGGAUGAUAGCAUCUCGUCUCCCGACAGCAAUGCCAACCGCUUUGACAACAUCGGCUACAAACUUGCACGUCGUAAGCAGCUGAUCAACCGUCGCCGUAUGAUCGUUAACGUCGAGUUUGCAAUGGCCAUGCUUGGGAUCAUGUUAAUGUUACUGGAGACUGAGUUCUUUAUACGAGGAGUGUUCACAAAGUCCGAUGCAGGUUCUAUCAUUUUAAAAACAGGAAUAUUAAUUUCUACUUUCGCUCUUCUCGUUGCCAUAAUGUUCUACCAUAUCACGGGAAUUCAAAUACAAAUGACAGACAACAGUUGGGAAGAUUGGCGACUGGCAAUGAAUUUUCCAAUGACGUAUCUUAAAAUUCUUACAGAGCUCGUCGUAUGCUUGAUUCAUCCAAUUCCAGGCAAUACCACAGUACCGGCUUAUGGCGUAGAUGGUCAAUAUCGCAUGGUGUCCCUCGAUGCUAUAUUCUCAAUCCUUAUGUUAGGUCGUUUAUACAUUGUUGGCAAAUUCACCGUCGUCCAUCACCGUUUAUUGACUGACACGUCUACGCAAAGUCUUGGAGCACUGAAUAAAGUAAAAAUCAACACGGCGUUCGUGUUCAAAGCGCUUAUGUCAACCAUUCCAGGAACCAUGCUUAUUUCUCUGAUGUUGGCAAUUUUGUUCAUAGACAGUUGGGCGUUACGUACUUGCGAAAUCUAUUACCAUCCCGGGUCCCCCGAGAGUAGCUAUUUAAACUCAAUGUGGCUCACUACUAUAACAUUCCUUACCAUUGGCUAUGGAGACAUAUAUCCCAGCACGUAUUGCGGACGGUUUGUUUCCGUUAUAACUGGACUCAUGGGCGUUGGAACAACGGCCUUGCUUGUUGCAGUCCUAGCGCAAAAGCUUGAACAAACACGACCAGAAAAGUAUGUGCAUAACUUUGUGUCACGUGUUCAGCUGGAUAAAGUCAGAAAGAACGCUGCCUCUGACGUCAUAAAAUACGCUCUUACGCUGUGGCGAAUGAAGCGGCGUGGGAUUGGAACGGGCAUGAAGCGCAAUCGUGUGUAUGGAAAACUUUUACAAUCCAUUUAUAUAAUGAGAGAGGCCAAAAAUGAGAAACAGUCAAUCGGAGAAAGUUCGGUUGGAGUUGUUGAAAUCGCUAAAUCUGUAAAUGAUGUUUUUGAAAUCGUUGAACAAAUGCAAGGCGAACAGACGACAUUUCAGUCUAAAGUGAUAGAUAUGGAAGAAAAGAUACGUAAAAUGGACGAAAAACUGGAUUUGUUGAUAUCGAUGAACAAAUGAUAAUGUGUUCAUUAACGUAGCGGU